ACUCAGCUCAGUGGCCAUGGGCAAGCAGAACAGCAAGCUUCGGCCCGAGAUGCUGCAAGACCUGCGGGAGAACACGGAGUUCUCGGAGCUGGAGCUGCAGGAGUGGUACAAGGGCUUCCUCAAGGACUGCCCCACGGGCAUCCUCAACGUGGACGAAUUCAAGAAGAUCUACGCCAACUUCUUCCCUUAUGGUGACGCCUCCAAGUUCGCUGAGCACGUCUUCCGCACCUUCGACACCAACAGCGAUGGCACCAUUGACUUCCGGGAGUUCAUCAUCGCGCUGAGCGUGACCUCGCGUGGCCGCCUGGAGCAGAAGCUCAUGUGGGCCUUCAGCAUGUAUGACCUGGACGGCAACGGCUACAUCAGCCGCGAGGAGAUGCUCGAGAUUGUGCAGGCCAUUUACAAGAUGGUUUCGUCGGUGAUGAAGAUGCCGGAGGACGAGUCGACCCCGGAGAAGAGGACGGAGAAAAUCUUCCGCCAAAUGGACACGAAUAACGACGGCAAGCUGUCCCUGGAGGAGUUCAUCCGCGGGGCCAAGAGCGACCCGUCCAUCGUGCGCCUGCUGCAGUGCGACCCCAGCAGCGCCUCCCAGUUCUGAGCGAGGAGCCAGCUCCCCUCCUCCCCGCCUCCACCGGCCGCUCCCGGCUCUCGCUUCCCCUCCCUUGUGUCUCUCCAGGCUGGGGGUCAGACUGGGCCUUCCCCCCCCAGGGUCCGCACUCUGGGGGGAGCCUAUGGAAAAGGGAACCCUGCCGUCCUCCCAAGGCCCAAGCAAGCGGUUAGCACCCCCAAUCCAAGGCCAUAUCUCCCUUCGGCAAAGAUAGGGAGACAGGCUCUGGCGUGGUCCUCCCCUCCGAGUCAGCCUUCCCCUACCUCGAUCUCAGAAUUUCAACCAGCCCCCCUCCCAACCCAAAUGCACAGCCCCGAGGCCAGACGUCCCUCCCCCAAUCACCGGGCAGUUCCCCCUCCCCCACCCCACCCUGGUAGGUCUCAGCCUGGGUGGGGAGCGUGGAAACCGAGCCCAGGUGAGGAGCCAGUCUUUUUAUUUGGAGGGAAGAGAAGGAUUGGGGGGGGGGGGGCGUGGAGGGAUAAGGAUAAAGCUUCCUUGAGCCAUCCUUCCCUUCCUGCUGCAGCUUUUGUUGGCUGGAGGCCAUGCUGCAAAAGGAAAACCUCCCGAUUGCAGUGUGAGCCCCAUGAACCCCCGCCCGCCUUUCAGCACGUGGAUGAACACAGGCCCACAGACACACCUAACCGCCCCGCCCCCUGCAUCCUGCGUGGGAAAGCACAGGCCCUGGCCGAGCCCUCCCCUGCUGCAUGCCUCCCGGCCGAGCGUCUCUGUUCUUUUUAAUAACUUCAGAAUAAAGUCUCACUUCA